ACCGCUCUGUCGGCACCGUAUCCGUCACACUCUGACAGACGGUUCCGUUACUCAAGGCCCCUCAGGCUGGCCGGCAGUGUCUUGGGAUAUCGACUGGACAAAACUUUUCCCCCAUACCUCCCAACCGGGUCUGAGAUUUUAACUCUUGCAACCCUCUCGUCUCGCUCAAGAGUGCUUCGUCAGGACAUUGACGACGACAAAGUCAUCGUGGGGAUCACUUACCACAACCCAAACUCGACUUCACACCCAAGGUCACAGACACAAUGAAUACCUCCGAUCACAACCAGUCAAGCAUCCCACACCUCAUUCUACCCAAAGACUCCUCAUAUAACAUCAUGUCCCCCGAGAACGUCUCACCGCCACCAUACAACACACGACCUCCACAGGUGAGCUUCUACACGAGGCCUCUCACAACAACCGCGCUCGAGGGCGAUGAGCUGGACGACAGCGCCAUCUCACCACUCACACUCCGCAUCAACACCUCCAUCAACAUCCUCAAAAACAACAACCUCAUCUGCCUGAGCGAUUCGCCCGCCAACCACGCCACCGCCAUCGCCGACGCUGUCACACAGGCCAUCCAGAAGCACAGCUCUGGCAACUGCGGCAUCCCCAUGAUCGACGGCAACGGCAACCCUCGCCCCGUGCGGAUCGAGAUCGAUGCCGGUAUGGUCACAGACGGUGUGGGCAACGUCGUCGGCUCCGAGAGGAUUGUGCAAGAGGUGCUACGGCAACGGAGCGAGAUGAAGCGGCAGCGGGAAAGUCCAACCGCCCCUUCGCUCUUUGUAGGCGAGAGCUCAAAGAGGAGGCGGUCACAUUCGUAAAGCACUUUGAAUUCUUUGUUGGACAUUCUAGUUUGUCUUGUUACAUAAUUUGAGCACAGCAUUAAGCCGAUGGUGAGGGCAGAGGUUGCGUUAUUCUUUCUCUUGGGGGUUAUCUACAUACGGGUACACGACUGAUGAAAUAAAAUAAAUCGAG